GGAGUGAUGCGAUUUGGGAUUGGAUAAUUUCAAAUGGUAGAUGCUUGCGUGUUUUAGAAUUUUAUGCAUUAGAACUUGAUACAGUUCCAAGCUCCAUUCAUAAGCUGAAACAUUUGAGGUACCUUGAUCUUUCUUUCAAUGCCAAUCUUAAGAUCCUCCCAAAGAGUAUUUGUAAGAUACAAAAUUUUCAAGUGCUGAGACUUCAAUGCUGCUUUGGGCUUAAAGAAUUGCCAGAGAAGAUUGAAAAAUUGGUGAAUCUUACCCAUCUCGAGUGUGAAUUUUGUUGUGCCUUAACUCAUAUGCCACGUGGAAUAGGGAAGCUGACUUCGCUUCUGACGUUAAGCAUGUUUGUUGUGGAUAAAGACGGCUCCCAUGGUACUGCUGCUGCAGAUCUAAGUGAAUUGAGUCAGCUCAACAACCUGAGGGGAAAGCUAAGAAUAACAAAUUUGGGAUUCGUGAGAAAUGCAAGAGAGAAGUUUAAAGCUGCUAAUUUGAAAGGGAAGCAACAUCUACGAGAACUGGUUUUAGAAUGGAGCGGAGAUAGUGAAGAUGAAGAGAAGUCACUUGAAGACCUCCAGCCCCAUCCUAAUCUGAGGGAGCUCCAAGUGAUAGGAUGGAGGGGCGAUGCCGAGUUUCCAAGUUGGCUUGCUCACAAAUCUGGUGGAUAUUGAAAUAUGGGGUCCCAGUAAAUUUAAACAUCUCCCUUCCUUUGCUCGAUUGCCACACCUUCAACGGCUUAGGAUUUGUGAUCUAUCUGAGCUGGAGUCCAUGGACGGCAGUGAGCCCAGUGGAGGACAAGGUGAAUCAGAAUCAUUCUUCCCAUCGCUUACAUUUCUCACGCUCAGCAACUGCCCAAAUAUGCAGAGUUGGUGGAGGAAAAGCCCGAUCGACGAUGAUAAGGAUGACGACAAGGAUAGAGGAGCAUCAACCAUGGCAUUUCCUUGUCUCUACUAUUUAUGGAUUGAAAAUUGCCCUUUGAGUUCAAUGCCGUUGUAUCCAUCAGUCGAAUAUAAGCUAAUAUUGGUGAAUACCAGUUCAAGGCCAUUAAAGCAUACCAUUCAAAUGAGCGACACUACACCGUCAACCUCAUCUCUCCCUCUCUCCAAAUUGAAAUCUUUCAAAGUGGGGAAUAUUCAUGAAGAACUGGACUACGACAUGCUAAACGAAUUCCUGCAAAAGAUGACUUCUCUUGAGCAUCUGGAGAUUAUUGAACUUCCACAGCUGGCGUCUCUUCCCCUUUGCCUUCAGCAUCUUGUUCAGUUGAAAGAACUAGAAAUCAAGAAUUGCAGUGGAUUGAGGUCACUCUUUCCUGUGUUCCAACAUCUCACUUCUCUUGAAAGUCUUCGAAUAUACGACUGCACGGAGCUUGAGCUAUCUGCAGAUGGCAUCCAAAUAUUCCAAGAUUAUACGAGCCUACGGCAUCUCCAUCUCAAAAAUAUUCCAAAGUGUCGGCAUCUUCCGGAGUGGCUUCAACAUCUAACAAAUCUGAAAGAGCUUAAUCUAGUAGAUUUGCCCAAUUUAACAUCGCUUCCGGAUGAGAUGCGUGGCCUAACCAGUUUGGAAGAGUUGAUUAUACUAGAAGUGCCCCAGUUGGAGGAAAGAUGUAGGAAGGACAUUGGUGCCGAUUGGCAUAAGAUUGCUCACAUCCCACGCAUUUGGGUGAAUGGGUUCUGGUGCAAGACCUACGGAAGGGCAGUUGAGUAUUUAUGUGAAUUUAUAAGCAGAGAAACAGGCGCAUGAAAGAUAAUACAUUCCUCAGCAUUCUACUCCCAAUUUUCGUCACUGAAG